UUGGCGGUGUGUCAUGGCGGCGGCUCUGAGCGGGAUGUUUACAAACCAGCCCCCGGGAGCGCCUCCUCCUCCGCUCCCUCCUGGGGGCCCCGGCCAGGCCGGCCUCCUCCCGCCCGCCGCGGGACCGCGCAAACCCAACAGCACGCUGGUGGACGAGCUAGAAGCGUCCUUUGAGGUGGGGGGAGGUGUUGAUCAAUGUAUCCAGAAAUUUCUGGAUGUUGCGAGACAAACUGAAUGUUUUUUCCUACAAAAAAGAUUACAUCUGUCUGUCCAGAAACCAGAGUUAGUUAUUAAAGAGGAUGUUUCAGAAUUGAAAAAUGAAUUGCAGAGGAAAGAAGCACUAAUUCAGAAGCAUUUGGGUAAACUGCGUCACUGGCAGCAGGUUCUAGAAGACAUGAAUGUACAACAGAAAAAACCUGCAGAAAUGCCUCAAGGACCAUUAGCUUAUCUAGAACAGGCUUCUGCAAAUAUUCCUGCACCCAUGAAGCAAACAUGAUUAAGACAGAUAUUUGCAUUUAGAUCUUUUAGUAUUUUAACUUAAAGUGAAAUACAAUAUUGAUCUUUCUACCUUGUAUAAUAUGUGAUGUAAUUUGUAAUUUAAAAAUAAAUAGUGUUUUAUACUACGACAGUGGGACACAACUAAGCAUAAAAUAAAUGGGGCAGAGUCUGUAGUUUUGUAAUUUUUAUCAAAGUAUGGAUUGUUUUUACAUUCAAACUGAACAAAUGCUUAUGUAUGCCUUGUAUUGUAGUCAGAAUAUAUUUGCAUAGACUAUGCUAAAAACCUGUCCUAUUACUUGGGAAACUGACAGAGCAGUCCUAAUGUAGCUAAAGUCCAGUUAAGGCACUAAUGAUACAGAAGUACUUGCAGAGUUUAUUCGUUCAUCUCAAGUGUAGCCUUAUAUACAGUUUUCAUUGUGAGUGUUUCUAAUCAUGUAGCAUCCUAUGAUUCUGAAGAAAUAGUGCAGACUUCUUAUUGCUGAAACUGAUUGGUCAAAUAAAUCAAAGCAAGGAAUUUC